AUGGAAUUUUCUAAUAUCGAAAGUGAUGAGGAUACUAUUGAUAGCUUUUCUGAUGAGCAAGACAAUGAAGAAAUAUUUGAUGAAAAUUCUAUUGAUAUGGUACUUGAAAGUCAAAACUUAGCAAACGAAACUUCAAUAAGUUAUACGAGUCAAGAUUCAACAAGUAAAACUUCUACAAGCAAUAUAACAGAAAAUUCAUCAACAGAAGAAAUUUCAACAAGUUAUAUGACAAAAACUUCAUCACCUAUAUGGCAAUUUUUUGAUAAAAAUCAAACCACUGGAAUUCCUUCUUGCUGCAUAUGUAAAAUGUCUUUUAGCAAAAAAUUUUCAACUUCAACAUUACAACGACAUUUACAAAGGCGACACUUAUCAAAAGCAAUUAAUUUACAAUCAAAAAAACUUCAAGACUUAAAUUCAGAUCCAUAUAAUGAAAAUGAUCAAAAUGAGCGAGAUAAUUUAUUAAUGAAUUGGAUUGUUUGCACUCAACAAGCUUUUCAUAUUGUGGAUAAUAAGUAUUUUCGUGCUAUGAUUCAUAAAUUAGAUUCAUGA